AGGAACCCAGCAACACAUUUGAGACCAGACUAUGACAUGUUCUGGGACAUGGUCACUCUAAGAGCCGCGACCACUCAUACUACUAUGAUUUUCUUUGGCGAUCGGGGAAUCCCAGCAAGCUACAGGAAGAUGCAUGGAUUUGGGACCAAUACCUACGCGUUUGUCAACGCCGAGGCAAAUUCUUCUAUUGCAAGUUUCACCAUGUCUGUCAACAACGCCAUAGAAAACUUGACCUCAGAAGAAGCUCAAAGAAUCGCCGGGAUUGACCCCGACUACCACACUCGUGACCUCUACAACGCUAUUGAGAAUGGUGACUACCCAGCAUGGAAUAUGUACGUGCAGAUCAUGACCCCAGAGCAAGCGACUGCAAGUCCCUACGAUCCGUUUGAUGACACCAAGGUGUGGCUGAGAUCAGAAUAUCCGCUCAUUCCUGUAGGAAGAUUCGUUCUCAACAAGAAUCCGAAUAAUUACUUCGCCCAGAUUGAGCAGAUUGGGUUUGAUCCAGCUCAUCUGGUUCCAGGCAUUGAGCCGUCUCCGGACAGAAUGUUGCAAGGUCGACUUUUUGCAUAUGGCGACACUCACAGGUACCGAUUAGGACCGAACUAUUUACAGUUCCCUGUUAAUCGACCCUUCAAGGUGACCAAUUUCUCUCGUGAUGGUGAUGCAACGUAUCACAGCCAGGGAGGCAGUCCGAAUUAUCAUCCAAACAGCUUUGGGGGACCUGAGGUGGAUAAAAGGUCGCGCAACUUAGCUCCGGUGCUACCCCUCCACGGUGAAGCAAAACGUGUAGACAACGGCAAUGAUGACAACUUUACUCAACCCAGAAUGUUGUAUCAACGCGUCAUGAAGCCUGAUGAAAGAGGCAGAUUGAUCCAGAAUAUCGUGAGCUGGCUGAAGCCCACCAGGGUCGACCUGCAGGAACGUGCUAUUCAGAUGUUCUCGAACGUUGACGCGGAUCUUGGUCAGAGGAUCAAGGCUGGGUUGAAUACCUCGCAAUACGUACAGUUGUAAAACAAAGUUUAUUGAUUGUCAUUGAUUCAAUGAAUAAAGAAUAUGCAAAGUU